CGCCCUCAGCCGCAGCCAAUCAGGGCCGCGCCCGCCAAGCCCCGCCCAACCCGGCCACGCCCCCUCCUCCCCCCACCGAUGACGUCUCCCCUCCCCCCUUGGCGGCCGAUCCGCGGCCGGAGCCCUGGGAUUGGUCGCUGGAGGAGGCGUGGCUGCGCGCGCCGGACGACGAAUGGCUGGAGGCGUUCGGGGCGGAGCCCGAGUGCUGGGGGGCGGAGCUGGAGGACGAAGAGGCGGAGCCGCUCUAUGCAAAUGAGUUUAACGACGGCGACGAAGGCUCCGAGCGCUGGCGGCCCAGCCCGGACGCUUCCUGGUCCAAACUGACGUUGCGGCGCGGGCGCGGCCUGGCCCGGCCCGGCGCCGGUUCCUUGUGCCGCGUCCGCGUGGGCCCCGCCCGACACGGCGGCGCCGCCUGGGGCGCUCCGGCCGCGCCGUCCGGCUGGCGCAGCGUCCGGCUGGGCUCGGCCGAAGGCCGCUGGUCCUGGGCGCUGGACGCCAUCUUGGAAACCAUGACGGCCGGCGAAGUCGCGGCGCUGCGCCCGGCCGGCGCGGCCGGAGCCUCGAUCGCCGUCCGCCUCGGCCUCUUCACGCCCGCCCCGCCGUUUUGGGCCACGCCCGCGCCCGUCCGCUGGCGCUCGGUUCUCCGCGGCCGCUCCCGCGCCGACGCCCUGCUGGGCCUGGGCCUGGACGCCGCCGCCGGCCGCGCCUUCUCCCGCGCCCUCCGCGCCGCCGCCGCCGCCGGCGCGCCGCCGGACGCGCCCGAGCUGGGCGGGGUCAAGGCCGAGCUCCACGCCGGGCUGGCCCUGGCCCAGCUGCGCCUGGGGCUGCCGGCGGCGGCGGCGGCCAACGCCGGCAAGGCCCUGGCGCUGCGGCCGGCGCACCUGGAGGCGCGCUACCGGCGGGGCGUGGCCCAGGCCGCCAUGAUGGAUUUGGAAGCCGCCGGGCAGGAUUUGGUGGCCGUGCUCAGGGUCCAGCCCGGCCACGCCGGGGCCAGGAGGGAGCUCAGGAGGGUGCGGAGCGCGGCCAGGGAGAGGGACGCGAGGCUGGCCAGGAGGCUGGGACGGCUGUUCGCAUAA